AUGGCUGCCCCAGUGCUCCCCCUCCAACAAGUGAAGCUCGCUUCACUCCCUUCGACCCGUCUAACGCCAGAACAACAAUACUGGAGGACAUUCAAGAAUCCCCUCCUGAUCCCAUCUCCGGCAAAUAGUCCCGUCAAUUUUAUUACGCAGCCAUCUGUUCCGUCAUCUGCCACAGCUUUCCCAUCCCUGACGCAACCUCCCGAUGUUUUCACCGUGACCACUGGCGCAAGGGUGCAGAUCUAUUCGAUUCGUACCCGGAAGCUUCUGCGGACGAUAACUCGCUUUGACGACACGGCACGAGGAACGGAUGUCCGUCCCGAUGGACGCGUUGUCGUGACGGGAGACGAUAGCGGUGCCGUGCAGGUGUUUGAUGUCGGAUCCCGCUCGAUUCUGAAGACGUGGAAGGACCAUAAGCAGCCCGUUUGGGUUGCCAAAUUCUCACCUGCUGAUCCCACAGCUAUAUUCACAGCGAGCGAUGACAGAACGGUGCGACUGUGGGAUCUGCCGAGUGAGCAUAGCGCCAGGACAUUCUUGGGACAUACAGACUACGUACGCAGCGGGGCGUUCAUGCCUGGGUCGGCAGCAUCCGCUGGGUUGGUCGUUUCGGGAAGUUACGAUCGCACAGUGCGACUGUGGGACCCUAGGGUGGAAAACCGCGCUGCGAUGGUUUUCAAGAUGGCGGCACCAAUUGAGUGUGUUUUGCCUAUGCCAUCAGGGACUUCGUUGCUCGCGUCUGCGGAUAACAAGAUUGCCGUGUUAGAUAUCGUUGCCGGAAAGCCGUUGCAUAUGAUUCAGAGCCAUCAGAAGACAGUCACGUCGUUGGCCUUGGCAUCAAAUGGGGAGCGAUUGCUCAGCGGUGCGCUUGAUGGACACAUGAAGGUCUUCGAGACAACGGGGUGGAACGUGGUAUCUGGAUCCAAGUACCCGUCUCCCAUUCUUUCGCUCAAAGUUAUCACCACUGGUACGGCACUGGAAGACAAACACGUCGCCGUCGGAAUGCAAUCGGGCCUACUGUCUAUAAAGACGCGACUUUCCGGCCAACAAAAAGUACGCGAACGGGAGCGCAGGAAGGAAAUGCAGGCUCUUCUGGAGGGAAAAAUAGAAGAGCAUGAUCGAAAAGUAGCCAAGCAGAAGAAACUUCGCGGCUCAGGCUGGGAAAAGCGCCUGCGUGGACGGGACUUCAUCGGCGAAGGCGUGGACAUCGUUAUCGAGGGACAGGACCGUAAAAGACGGAAGAAGGAACAACCAUGGGAGCAUGAUUUGCGCAAAGCCAAAUAUUCGGCAGCUCUAGACCAGGUUCUCGCGUCAACUGACAAGACCGCUCAACUUACUCUCCUGACGGCUCUACGACAUCGCUCUGCACUCCGUGCCUCGCUGCAGGGACGGGAUGAAGAGACACUGCAGCCUGUCCUGCGGUGGGUGUAUAAGAAUAUCACGGAGCCUGGCUUGGUGAAUCUCAGCGUCGAAGUCGCCAUGAACGUGUUGGAUAUCUAUUCUGGAAAUCUGGGGCAGUCAACACAGAUCGACAAGCUAGUCGAGAGGCUGCAUCGACGGGUACGGGAGGAAGUGGAAAUGGCCCAGCAGGCAUAUCAGACCAAGGGAAUGCUGGAUAUGCUGAAAGUAUGA